AUGCCGCCAACUAACUUGACAGAGGUGGUUUUGAAGAAUGUUAAAGGCCAACGAUCUUCAAUGCAAUCUAAACAGAUACAUGAUGUGCAAAAAAUGGCUGAGAAGGAGAAACAAAAAAUGCAAAGUGAUACAAGCAUUGUAAAAGCUUUGACUGUUGGUUCUAAAUUUAAAGAAAAAAGUUACCCAUCAAUUAGCAAGCAAGACCACAGAGCUUUGGCAGAAGGAAGACAACUACCUGCAACUUAUUUCAGAUGCAACAGCACUGACAUUGAGUGUAACCAAAUAUUUUCUAAAUGUGAUUUCAAAGAUAAAAUGCUGAAGAAUCCAGAUGGUGAUGAUGACCAGAAGUCAAGGAUUCACAUUUACAUUAGUGCUAAAAAUGUUCAGAAUGACAAAUGUAUUGGCUAUAGUGAUCUCUUGAAGAGAAUGGAGAGGAAGAGCAGUAAUGAGAAUGUGGGAACAUUUCAUAUAGAGACAAGUUUUCCAGUAAUAACAAAAGCAUUAGAGAAAAAUAAAUCAGACAUGCACUGUGGUGUGCAUAAUUCCAACAGUGAUGUUAGUUUGUUUGAAGCAGAAUCAAAACUCUGUAUAAAAGAAAUACUUGAUUUCAAAAGAUAUUUAACUAAAACCACUAUAUUUGAAAAUAAUUGUCCUCACAUUAUUGUGCAGAGUUUUCCAGAUAUGAAAGUGAGUAUCAGUAUAUUCAGUGGAAAGGAAAUUUUCAACUUAAAGUUUUCAUUUCCAAGCACAUUGUUUGGAAGAAUCAGGACAUGGACUGAAUCUUUGUGUAAAGAUGUGCCCACAUGUCAGGAUGACAGCGUUACACAUUGGCUUCAUUUUCAUGAGACAUUAAACAAGCAGUGUGAUGCUCAAGAGUUAGUAAACAGCGAUAUAAAUAGGAACUACAACGAUAGUUGUACAAAACAAAGCAUUUGUUUGGUGGCUAUUAUUUUAAAGCAUCUGAAGGUGGAACUACAAAGGACAAUUCUUGCUUCCUUUUUCAGUAGCACAAAUACCUUUUUGCCGGCUGAAGUAAAGUCUCUGCAAGUGGAGAAACACCCUUUGUGUAGCAGAAAGCAAGAUCAGUUAAACUCAUGCACAGACAGAACCUCAAGGCAAAACUCAGAAUUUUGUAAAAAAGAAGAAACUUAUCCGGUGUUCGUAAGUUCUAAAUUUAUGGGAAGCAUUGGUUUUGAAUUACAGAACGAAUGGCAGAGAAGACGUUUUUCUAGAUCUUUACGUGAAGAUGAGUCCACUUUCCUAAACAGAGGAACCCUCUUUCAUAACCAAAAAAGCAGAAUAUGUAAGGGGAGGCAUGUCAGAAGGCACCACCUCUUAUGCAAAGGGAGUGAAGUGUUUGGCACUUAUUUGAGGUCGGUCAGUCCCAAAAACAGUAUGAAAAAACAAACUUUAGUUGCUCAAUGCCUAAUCUUGCUGCAGGGAGCUUUUGAUUAUUCUUCACUCAACAAGAUGUAUUGCUGCAAUAUCAAAAAAACAGAGUAUCUGUUAGGAGCAAAUCAUAGAUUUUGGAGUUACUUUCCUGCCCAUCCGCAACUGAAAGGUGAAAAGGUAAACAGUAAAUGUAUAAAUCAGGAAAUGUCGGUAACUCCAGUAAACCAGGAGAAGAAGAAACCCCAUAAAAUGUUCAAUAGUUCUUUUCGUGGAGAAAGCUUGAAAGAUUUCCCUUUUGUUUUAUGUGCAAAUAAGAAACACGGAACAACCAGAUGCAGAAAAUACAUAACGUCUACAAAUGAAGUCACAAAUGAGGUCACUUACACCAUGAAAAAAUAUUUGGAUACUUCUGGUUAUAUAAACUCUGAUAGAAAAGAAUGUGAUAGGUCAAAAGAGUUGCAAAUAAAUGUUCAUAAUUUUCUUUCUAAAACAUCUUUUUCUAUUUUUGACACGUAUGAAAAAAUUCCCCUUGCUACUAAUUCUGAAGAUUUUGACCAAAUCCCAUUUGUAAACCAAGACAAUUCUGUCCAAAAAACGUUGUCUGAAGAAAAUGCAGUCACUAGUUCAAAGGUUAUUCAUAAUUUGCCCACUAAAUUGAAUGAUAUCUUAAUUCUACUUGAUCAGUCAGAAACAACUAUGGAAAAAAGUAAUUCUCUCUUGUUACAAGAUAACCAACCAAACAAACCUGAAUAUUGCAAAAAAAUAGACACAUACAGCCCAUGUUUAGCAAAUAAAAAAAUGGAAGACCAAAAUACUUAUUCAAAUUGUGAAAAUGCAUUUCUUAGUUCCUCAAAUGUUUAUCAGUCUGUCACUUUGCCAUUAGACAGCAGCUCUUUUGUCAAUAAAGACAGAAAGGUAAGUGAAGAUGGACACUGUGGGAGUUCCUCAAGCGCAGACAAACAAAACCAAAAUGAAAACAUUCAUGCCACUAUACAAUAUCCACCCUCGGGAAGUCCUACCAUAACAGAUACAUACUUCCAAUUACAGGCUAAAGAAACAGAACAGUUUUCUUUACAAGGGCACACAGCGACAAAUGAGGCAGUCAGUUCAGAGCCAGCAACUUUGAAACAACAUCUUGAAUAUGUAAAGCAACGGGAAGACAUAAGUGAUGAACAAAUGCAUGUAACUAAUGAAAGUCAAUGUGAGACUGUAAUGAAUGACUUGAUUAUGUCAUAUUCAGCAGAUGAAUCUAAAACAUUCAUUGCUGCAGAAGAGGAAUUAAAAAUGCAUUUAUCUGUACUGGACAAUGGAUGUCUUCAAGAUGUAAAAGAUAAGUAUUUACCUUUAGAAAAUAAAAUCACAUAUGAAUUUGAACUGAAGAGAAAAUUUGAUAUAGUGCUAGAAGAGCUACAUAUGUUUCAUGAAAUUAGCAAGGGAGAUGAAAACAAUUUAUCUAGUUUGGAAACAAACUCACAUAAUAAUUAUUGUGAAUUAAAUAAUUUUGAAGGGAUAGAUGAAAAUGUGACAAGUGUUUCUCAGAAGCAAAUAUGUAUUUCUUCUCCAAUCUCUGGAACUAUAGAAGGGCAAAACAUAACUGAGAGUAAUGAAAGUUCAUUAAAUGAAAAGUUGUCAAUUGAAAAUGAAGACCAAAAAGUAACUGAGGAAUAUUGUAUUUCAAGACUGUCAGGUGAAGAAUUGUAUCAUUCACCUGUUGCAGAAGGCUAUUUUGAUGCAGCUUAUAAAAAGCCAUACACAUGGGACCCUGCUUUUUUAUCCUGCGCACUUAAGGAACAAAAUUAUAAUUUACAGAAAGAAGGAGGAUACUUUCUGUCACGUGAAGUUAUAAGACUACAGCCUCUUAAAACAUGCAAGGGCCCCAUCAGGAUUGGGCUGUCAAAAAAAGCUCGGCCCAAACAGCUUCAUCCUUAUCUGAAAUGA